CAGAGGGCGUUUGUGUAGUCGUUAAAAAUGUUAGUCGGAAGCUGUCGAAAAUGAUGAAUUCGGUUUUGCAAAUUUUAAGAACUUUAGAUAUGUUGUAGAAAAAUACUAAAUCAUGAUGAUUUAAUAGCUAGGUUGUGUAAAAUUAUAUUAAAAACGGGGUAGAGAGUGAUUUGGUGUGUAAAAGUCAUAAGACUUGUGUCAUCUGACUGCUCUUCCUUCAAGAUGGCUCCUCCGCCGGAAUAUGAUAAGGAACCGAAAGCCCCGGAUAAAAGUGCCGUAACAAUAGCUAAUGAUGACUCCAAACUUCUUCACAACAUCGUGAAUGACCAGCAAACCAAUUCGGAUCACAAACCUUCAAAUACGGCUGCCAACACUGAAGUUGAGAACAACAAACAAGUGGUGAACCUGGACGAUGGACAGCUCCGCGCGCUCCUGGAUGAGGCUAUGAAUUAUAAAUGUCCCAAAGAUCUUGAAGGCAAAAGCAACCUUUUCAAGGAGUUACUGGAGGAGGUGGAGCAGCAAGACGACCAGGCGAGCGAGGCGGCGGCGCGGGGGGUGGGCGCGGCUCGGGCUCCGCGGCGGUCGGCGGGCGGCGGCGCGCGCUCCCGUCACGCGCUACACUCCAACUCUCUACAAGACCUGGUGGCGGCCCUGGCGGCGGAGUCGGCGCCGCGUCGCCCGAGACACCACGCGCCGGCGCCCGCGCCGGUCUCCACGCGAGCCAUACAAGGCGGCAGCCUGCCUUCCGGCGUCGACACCUACCUGGUGGCGGCCCUGGCGGCGGAGUCGGCGCCGCGUCGCCCGAGACACCACGCGCCGGCGCCCGCGCCGGUCUCCACGCGAGCCAUACAAGGCGGCAGCCUGCCUUCCGGCGUCGACACCUACCUGGUGGCGGCCCUGGCGGCGGAGUCGGCGCCGCGUCGCCCGAGACACCACGCGCCGGCGCCCGCGCCGGUCUCCACGCGAGCCAUACAAGGCGGCAGCCUGCCUUCCGGCGUCGACACCUACCUGGUGGCGGCCCUGGCGGCGGAGUCGGCGCCGCGUCGCCCGAGACACCACGCGCCGGCGCCCGCGCCGGUCUCCACGCGAGCCAUACAAGGCGGCAGCCUGCCUUCCGGCGUCGACACCUACCUGGUGGCGGCCCUGGCGGCGGAGUCGGCGCCGCGUCGCCCGAGACACCACGCGCCGGCGCCCGCGCCGAUACCCGUGCGUUUGGGACACGCACUACACUCCAACUCUCUACAAGACCUGGUGGCGGCCCUGGCGGCGGAGUCGGCGCCGCGUCGCCCGAGACACCACGCGCCGGCGCCCGCGCCGGUUUCCACGCGAGCCAUACAAGGCGGCAGUCUGCCUUCCGGCGUCGACACCUCGUUCCUCCUGGGCGAGGAGGGCGGCGGCGCGCGCUACCUGGCGACGGUGCGCUGCGUCAACCCGCCGCCGCUGGGCGAGCGCCGCGUGUCGGCCAGCGACGCCAACGGGCCCGACCUCGACCCGCCUGCCGCCAGAAGGAGUAAGCCGGUGUUCCCGAUGACGUACACGGCGCGCGCGACUCUCGAAAUCGGCAGCGGCAGCGUCUGCUCGGGCCGCGCGGUCACCACCACCACCGCCUCCAACCAGGGUGAUUCCGCCAUACCGUUUAGUUGCAUCACAACACCAGAGGUUGUGGCCAGUUGCAACACGACGUCCUCCACGCCCCAGUCGGCCGUCGCUGUGGAUCCCAAGCCUUUGCAACUGGGCUCGGGCUACCGCGCCGUGGCCAGCCUGACGGGCGCCGCGCCGCCGCCCGCCGCGCAGCAGCUCCAGGUAUUCGUCCCGAGGCUCGCUCUGCAGCCUCGUAGUGUGAUCUCGAGCAGCUUCAACGGGCUGCCGCUGUCGCGGCCGUGCGGCGCCGCGCCCUCCGACCAGCAGGUGCCUAUAUUCACUGUGCACUACCGUUUACAGAAAUCGCUAGACGAAAACGGGAACGCGGUGCAAGGGUUCAGUUCGCCCGUCUCGGGCUCCGGCCAGCACAAGAAGCCGCGCAGGAAAAAGUCGUCCAAGAACGAGACCGUGAUCAAGUCGCACCAGAUCGACGGCUACCAGGGAAACAAGGACCUGAACGAGGUGCUGCGCUUCAUCGAGUCGCACGCCGAGCGGCCGAAGCACGACAAGCACAAGAAGCGCUCCGCCGAGCGGCGCAAGGACAAGGACAAGCCGCCGCGCGCCUCCUCGCUCGAGGAGCUGUCGCGCACCACGCUCGAGGAGCUGACGGCGCCCGCGCCCGCGCCGCCGCCCGAGCCGGAGCCCGCGCCGCCCGAGCCCGAGCCCGCCGACUUCCAGACCGUCACCAAGCGCCGCGCCAAGCGCCGCCCGCGCCCGCCCGCGCCCGGCUCCAACGACUCCAACGACGACCUGGACCCGGCCGGCUCGCCGCCCGCCGCGCCGCCGCCGCCGCCGCCCGCCGCCUCCUACGCCGACAUCGCGCGCACGCGCCACAACAUCCCCGACCUCAUCGAGUCGUGCAACUUCUACGCCGAGGGCGAGGCGCCGCCGCCCGAGCCGCCGCGCGCCGACGACUACCCGGCGCUGGGCCCGCGCGCGCGCCACAAGCCGCCGCCGCGCGCGCCGCGCACCGACCGCGCGCCGCCGCCCGCGCCGCAGCCCGCGCCCGCGCCCGACGUGGUCUGUUUACAUGCAGAGUUUCCAUUUGGAAAUAAAACUAAAGACAUGUCUGGAACUUCAAGCAAAUAA